CACGCACGCACCCAUAACAUAAAAGAACAUUAUAUUAUACUCCAUAGAAUAUCUUCUUUUUCUUCUUCAAUCAAUCUUCUCCAUCCAAAUUUAUUCUUCAAAUUUCAUCUCUUCUAUGUUACAAAUUCAUCACCUUCAAGAAACUUAUGUAACUAACUCUAUGAUGAACUGCACCGAAAGGUCUUUGUGCUUGUAACUGAAGAGUUUGAAACAAGGGACAUAUGCAAGCUACUUUUCAGGGUAGGAGAAAGAAGAAAUUUAUUAUGGAUUAUUUUAAUGUUUAUCUAUGAUGAUGUAAUAAUAUUUAUUAAUAAUAAAGUUUGCGUUUUUAUUUUAUUUAUUUAUUUAUUAUUAUUGUCUUUGGUUGGUAAAGUUUGAAUUUUGAACAAGUUAUAGCUCUAAGAUGCUUUUGGGGUUUCAUUUGUAGAAAACAAGUUUUGUUUUUGUUUUGUCAAAAAAUUUUGUGGGUAACAAUUGAAAUGAGGAAUUGGGGUAUAGUUUAAGGUUGUUGCAGAAUGAGUUUCAGAAACAGGAACAUUGAAGUGGAAGAGAGGGAAUGUGAAAAAUCAGUGUUGGGGACAAAUGGGUCAUUAACAAGUACUACACAGUUUACAAUUGAUGAGAAUCUUCUAGUUGACCCUAAAUUGCUCUUUAUUGGUUCCAAAAUUGGUGAAGGAGCUCAUGGAAAAGUUUAUCAAGGAAGAUAUGUAGAUCAAAUUGUUGCUAUCAAAGUUCUGCAGCGUGGGAGCACCUCAGAAGAAAGAGCUUCGCUUGAAAAUCGUUUUGCACGGGAAGUUAAUAUGAUGUCUCGUGUCCACCAUGACAAUCUUGUAAAGUUUAUCGGAGCAUGUAAGGAUCCUCUAAUGGUGAUAGUUACAGAGCUAUUACCUGGGAUGUCACUGCGAAAAUACUUGACGAGUAUCCGUCCUAAUCCAUUAGACAUUCACGUGGCUAUAAACUUUGCCCUUGAUAUUGCUCGAGCGAUGGAUUGGCUUCAUGCUAACGGGAUCAUCCAUAGAGAUCUAAAACCUGACAAUCUGUUGCUUACAGCAAAUCAGAAGUCUGUAAAACUUGCAGAUUUUGGUCUUGCAAGAGAAGAAUCGGUGACCGAAAUGAUGACUGCAGAAACAGGAACAUACCGAUGGAUGGCACCAGAGUUGUACAGUACUGUAACAUUGCGUCAAGGAGAGAAAAAGCACUAUAACAACAAGGUUGAUGUGUAUAGCUUCGGAAUUGUUUUGUGGGAGCUACUAACAAAUCGGAUGCCUUUUGAAGGAAUGUCUAAUUUACAGGCUGCUUAUGCUGCUGCCUUCAAGAUUGCAGCAAGAGAGGCCAAAAAUUCCAGAUGAUAUAUCACCUGAUCUUGCUUUUAUCAUACAAUCAUGCUGGGUUGAAGAUCCGAACAUGAGACCAAGCUUUAGUCAGAUCAUCCGAAUGCUCAACGCGUUUCUCUUCACACUCUCACCAGUAUCUCCUCCCUUGCCAGAACCCGACAAUGAGCCUGAGGCGGCAACAACGAGUAAUGGGACCAUUACUGAGUUUUCUGCCCGGAACAAAGGAAAGUUUGCUUUUCUUCGCCAGUUGUUUACUUCAAAAAGGAUAAAAAACUAACAGUAAGUGCUAAACCGUUUACCAUUCCAUUUUGCUACAGUAUAUAAAUUUUAGUACAUUCAUUGAGUAACCUCUAAGCAGAAAGUUGUAACAAUUUCCACAAAAGAAUAGAAUGUUGUUUAUAGACUUUUUGAAAAAGCAAGGUAAAACAAAAAGGAUUGUUUACAUUACACUAUCUAAUUGAACUUGUUGUAAAGGAACACAUUGGUUUAGCAUUUCAUGUGUCGAGAAUUAAAUGUUAUUUUUAAUGUGU